AUGAGACGUGCCUUCUCUCUAGAAGGAUUCGUAAAUGCCCGGACUGACGAGCCGCCGCAGAAUCCCAGCCACGCUCUGUUUGACCGCUUUGUCCAGGCGCAGACGUGUAAAGAGACACAGCAGAACUUCAUCGAACUCUGUCGCCACCUGAAGGUCGAGCCCAGGGACUACAAGCACUUCUACAGCAAACUGAAGGACAGACUCAACUACUGGAAAGCCAAAGACCUCUGGCAGAAGAUCGACAAGAGAGCCGCCCAUCCGGACUAUGAACAGGGUCAGGCAUGUCACCAACACAAGUGUUUAGUGUUGGGUGCGGGUCCAUGUGGUCUCAGGACAGCGAUUGAAUUGGCUCUACUAGGCGCUCAGGUAGUUGUACUGGACAAAAGAGUGUCUUUCAUGAGGAAUAACGUCCUGCACCUGUGGCUGUACACCAUUCGAGACCUUCUCAACCUUGGUGCAAAGAAAUUCUAUGGCAGAUUCUGCAGUGGAUCCAUUCAUCACAUAAGUAUCCGUCAGCUGCAGUUGAUUCUGCUGAAACUGGCUCUGAUUUUGGGGGUCGAGGUGCACACAGGUGUGACCUUUGAAGGUCUGCUUGAGCCAGCAGGAGGAUCCACAGGAUGGAGGGCACAGGUGUCUCCUGGGUCCCACACAGCUGCUGCUUUUGAGUUUGAUGUUUUUAUUUCAGCUGGAGGGGGAAGAUAUGUGCCUGAUGGUUUUAAGAUAAAGGAGCUCAGGGGAAAGUUGGCCAUCGGUAUCACUGCAAACUUCGUAAACCGCCACACUAAACAAGAGGCUCAGGUGCAGGAGAUCAGCGGCGUGGCACGAAUAUACAACCAGAAAUUCUUCCAAGAGCUCCAGUCUGAGAUCGGCGUUGAUCUAGAGAAUAUUGUCUACUACAAAGAUGAUACUCACUAUUUUGUGAUGACUGCAAAAAAGGGGAGCUUGUUAAAAAAAGGAGUGAUAAAGCAGGACUUUCCUGAUGUCAAUCAGCUGCUCGCACCUGCAAACGUCAACCAGGAGGCCCUGCAGGAGUACGCAUACGACGCCGCUGACUUCUCCACAGAUCACAUGCUGCCGGACCUGGAGUUCGCCAAGAACCACGCGGGCCGUCCGGACGUGGCCAUGUUUGACUUCACCUGCAUGCACAGGGCAGAGAACGCCUCUCUGGUGAAGGAGAGGAAGGGGAAGAGACUGCUCGUCGCGUUGGUGGGAGACUCUCUAGUAGAGCCGUUUUGGCCUCUGGGCACUGGCAUUGCUCGAGGUUUCCUGGCUGCGUUUGACACGGCGUGGAUGGUCAGGAAUUGGGGAAAAGGUGUGCUACCCCUGGAGUUGUUGGCGGAGAGGGAGAGCAUGUAUCAGUUACUCUCUCAAACGACUCCAGAAAACACCAGCAAGAACUACGCAUCCUACAGCAUCGAUCCUUCCACACGUUACCCGAACGUCAGCCUGUCCUGUAUCAAACCCACACAGGUCAAGCGUCUGUAUGACAUAGAGGAUUGUAAAGCCAAGAAACCGAUGAAACCCAUCAUAAUAAUUAAACCUAAAAAAGAGUCUCUCAGGCGUCUAGAGGAUCUGCUGUCCUGGUGUCAGAAGAACACAGCGGGGUACAAACAUGUGAAGGUGAAAGACCUGAGUGAGUCCUGGAGGUCCGGCAUGGCUCUCUGCGCUCUCAUCCACAACUUCAGACCUGAACUCAUUGACUUGUCUAGUCUAGAUGAAUAUAAUAUCACUGGGACCAAUAAGUUGGCCUUUGACCUCAUGGAGAGAGAGUUUGGCAUCACUCCCGUCAUGCGGGCCAGUGAAAUGACCACCUGUGGGAAAAUUGAUCAGCUCUCUAUGGUCGUCUACCUCACACAGAUACGCAACGCUCUCACUGAGAAAGAGACCCCAGCAGAGUGCUCCAACAGCCUCUCGCCCAACAACAAGACCCUCUCGCUGUCCAGAACCCGCUCGGCCGCCGCCUUCCUCAACACGCUCAAGCGCAACUCCCUCCAAAGACGCAAGGACCGACUGGCAUCAGAGAAAGGACCAAGACAGCAAAAGAUGAAGGAGAAAGAAGAGGAUACGGAUGUGAAAGAGGAAAAACCUGUGGUGCCAGUGUCCUCAUCAGAGGUGGGCGGCAGUGAGCUCUGUUAUUUCUGCAACAAGCGUCUGUACGUGCUGGAGAGAGGAAGUGCAGAGGGCAAGUUCUUCCAUCGCAGUUGUUUCAAUUGUUAUCAGUGCGGCUCCACUCUGCGGCAGGGCGGAUACACUUUCCACUCCGACACGGGGAGAUUCUACUGUGAGCUGCACUCAGCAGCCGAGGAAGAGGAGGGUGAUGAAGGUCACAGAGGCUCACAGAAUCAUGUUGAAAAUGGCCUUAAUGAGGAGGAUGAGAAGGAGAAAACUCAAAGUGGUGAACCCGUGGAGAUUUCAUCUCCUCCUCCACACAUCUCCGUAAGAAGGAAGGGCUCGUAUAAGAUCUCCGUUGACCCUGACUUUGAAGAAUCGGCUGAGUGUCUUACUCCCACAGAGCAAAAAGACCAACCGCCAUCCAACUCUCAUGAACCGAACAAACCCUCAGAGCUCAAUCUGGAGAGCACAGGCAUCGAGAACCAACAAAAUAACGGCAGUGCGUCCGUUCCAGUGCCGGCCCCGCGAGCGUCCAAAGCUCCACUGUACCCUCCGCUCCCAAAACCUCGUACUGUCCAUAACGUGUUGCCUCAACCCUCACAUGCCCCCAAGGAAUCAGAGCAGAACCAAGAGGAAACUCAUCACAACCUCCCGCCGGAAUCCAAAUCCAAACCGUCCCUGCGUAAACUUCAGCUGAGCGAAGAGGAGAAGGCCGAACUGCUCAGCCAGGAUUCAGACACGGAGACGCCCGCCUCGUCUUCUGCCGCCUCCACCUCCUCUUCCUCCAAGCAGCACGAAGGAGGUGAGGAGGAGGGCUACUGGAGCGGAGGCACCGCGACCGGGAAGAGCUUGCGGAACCGGCGCUGCAUGAGAAGGAAGAGCGAACCGCCAGCUUCCACACAGCCGCAACAUGGAAAGAUGCGCUCCAAGUUUUCCCCAUGGAAUCUGUCUUCACCUCGACUACAGCAGCGUUUCAGUGUCCUCAGAGUCGCACCUUCAGGACAAUCUCAGCCAGAUCAUUAUGUAUCAGGUGAUAAUGAAGAAGGUGUUGACGAUGACGAAGAGGAUCUUCAAGGAGAAGACCAUUAUUUGGAUUGCAAGGGGGCUGAUUUUGAGAUUUCUGAGUCAGAGAAACGAGAUCUAAAGAGGAUGAAAACUCUGGAGCGGAAAGCAAAGCUGAGCGAAAUCCAGCGCUUCCACAAAGCUCAGACGAUUCAGAGACGUCUGGAUGAGAUAGAAGUGACCUUUAAAGAGCUGGAGGAGAAAGGAGUGGAGCUGGAGAGAGCUGAAAACAGAUUCUGUUUUACUGAGAAAUUACAUGUAGACUCUGAGAAAACCCCUGAGCAGCGAGAACAUGAGAAUCGGGUCCUGCAGGAGAUGCUGGAUGUGGUGGACAUGAGGGAUUCACUGGUGGCCUUCCUGGAGGAGAAGAGGUUGAAGGAAGUCAAUGAUGAACUGCUGAGGAACUCGGUACUGGAGGCCAAGAGACAUUCAACCGCAGCAUCCCAGGUGCUCUGGGACUAAGACACCACAAACACACACUUUUUGAGUGCCACAACACACCAUAAAGUUCAUCAUUUACUCAUCCUCAUGCCGUUAUAAACCUUCUAUCACUUGUUAUCUUUUGUGGAAAACAACAGGAAAAAGUUGCAUGAUGUUCUCUUUUUCAUUCAAUGAAAUAAAUAAUAAAAUCAUCAUAAAAGUAGUUACAAGUCCUUGAAGCCACAUGAUUGAUAUGAAGUUUAUUAGGUUUUCAUAUAAAGCUUUAAAAGUCGUUUUUCGGACUCAAAUCACAGCUUUGUUUAGUUUCGGUGAUGCCAAAUAUUAACCGUUCUCAUCUGCCUCAUAACCAGUUUUGCAGUGCUUAAAAAUUUCAGUGAACCAUGACUUGCAUUUUAUAGCAUAGAAAGCAGAAAGAAAGUCAUACAGAUUUGCAUAGACAAGAGGGUGAAUAAGUGAUGACAGAAUAUUUAUUUCAGUCACACAAUAUAAACCAACCCUAUGACUUGUGGGCACAAAUGCAUACAUUGCACAACUUUGUGCAGAGACUCUGCUCUUGAAAACCAAAGAGUUCAACGCAUCUGCGCACACAGGUUUAUGACACUCGAGAUUUGGAAACAAGUGCCAGCCGCUACGGUCUCACUCCAACAUAAAUGUGCUUUUGAGAUGGAUACAGAAACUCUGGAGACUGUAGAAAAUGUUGUGGAACUGCACAUCCGUCACAGCCUUCACUGCCCAGACACAGCCUUUUCACAAGACUCUCACGCUCAAACACACAGACUUUACUGGGGCAGAUGUUUGCGUACACGUGUGCGAUUGAGUCUAUCAAGGUCAUGUAUGUUCUAAAUAUCAAAAUUAUUAAAGCUUAUUUCUACCACAGAAUUUAAAAACUGAAAAGGUAAUUGUGAGUUUUUAUCUCAAAAUUCGGACUUUUGCAAGUGCACAAUUGCAAGAUGUAGUUAGUUAGCUGUAAGAAAAAACUAUUAUAACAGAAAACUGAAUUGUGUGAUGUAAAGUCAGAAUUCGGAGAGAAGAAAAAGUCAACCUCGUUUUCACCAUGGAAUUUUUUUAAAAAAAGGUAAAUGUGAAAUUUUUAUCUCACAAUUCUGACUUUUUUCUUGCAAAAUGUAAACUCACAAUUAAACUUGUGAAAUGUAGUCAGGAAUCUA